AUGGCACACUCGGCGCUCGCGAACACAAAGCUCUUCCCGCCCGCGCCUCUCCCCACGGUCGACAUCCUGCCCCCGCGCCUGCACAACGGCUCGUCCAGCACCACCUUCGUCUCCAGCGCCAAGGGCCUCGACGGCGUCAAGGUGCACGACGCCAACGCCACGGCCUACGACUGGUGGUACUUUGACGCCAUGGGGGAGGGCGCGGCCAGCUCCGGUGCUGUCGUCUUUUACAACAAGGGGCCCCUGGGCUUCCUGGGCCCGACCGACCUGGGGUCCUCCGUGGCCGUUCAGAUCUCGGGCACCUUCCCCAACGACACCCUCUUCGACACGUGGUUCCCCGUGGCCGGAGGCGCCGCUGUCGUGUCGGCCGGCCAGGCCUCCAGCCGCGCCUACCUUGGCCCCGGCAACACCACCUGGGCCGCGAGGUCGGACGCGUCAGAGUACAUCGCGCCUCCGCACUACCCCUGCUCCCCCGUCCACGCCAACGAGACGAUGGAGGUCUUUGAGGGCCUGGGAUACCACGACAAGAACUGGGGCGUCAGACCCCUCCGCGAAAAAGUCCACAGCUGGUACUGGGGCCACGCCAUUGUCGGCCCCUACGUGGUCGUAUGGCUGACGGGGCUCGACUUUGCUGGCACCGAGCACCGCAGCGGCUACGUGGUGCGCGACGGCAAGAUAAUCUACUCGGGCUGUGGCGACAUCGAGGCGCGCCCCGUCGGCGCCGCACACCCGCCCGUCGCCGGCGAGCUCGAGACCUGGGAGCCGCGCGGCUUCACCGUGACCGUGGACUUGGGCCCGAGCACGGCGGCCUGCUGCGCACCGAGGUGA